GGAAUCAUGAGCUCUAUGGAUUUCCAGUCACUCCCAUGCUGGGCGAAGCCGGAGCUCCCAUGUGCGGCCUGCCGCCUCCUCCACCGCCGUUGCACCACAGACUGCAUGCUGGCGCCAUACUUUCCUUCGGACAACUCCGACAAAUUUUCCGUCGUGCACAAGGUGUUCGGGGCAAGUAAUGUUAUCAAGAUGCUUCAUAUGAUCGAGGGAGAAUGGAGAGAGGAUGCGGUAAAAAGCAUGAUAUACGAAGCAUAUGCGAGGGUUAGAGAUCCAGUGCAUGGGUGCACCACUGCAAUUUUCUACUUGCAGAGUUGCAUUGAAGAGCUACAAGAACAAAUUCAAGACGCAGAGAGGUUACUGCUGGAGUCACAGGAGCAGAGAAACCAACUGCUCUGUUUUCUAAAUCAGCCGUUCGCUCCAGCAUACGAGGAAAUGAGUGGCGGCGGUGGCGUCGAGAAUGGCUUAUUUGGAGAUAGCUUAAUGUUCAUGGACCGUGCUUAUGGAUUUGACUCUGAUUAGCGCUGAAUUUCUUAAAAAAAGAAUCAAAGUAGCU